AUCUUCACCGGCGGAAUGCUAUUAGCGUCAUCGUUUCUGGCCCUAGCUCUAACCACGUUAUACUUCAGUCAUAGAUGCAAUACGGAGAGCAUUCCAUCGUUAUCAACUAGAAAUAAUGGUUUCAUUAAGAAAUCACCAUUUAAAAUACUCAUCAAAAAUAGAAAAUAUGGAAAUGAGAACACAUUUUGCUUCACUCCCGGAUGUGUGAAUUCUGCUGUUUCAGUGAUCAACAAUAUGGACGUGACAGUAGACCCCUGUCAUGAUUUUUAUCAGUUUGCAUGUGGAAAAUUUAUAAAAUACACGAUUAUCGAAGACGACAAACCGUUUCAAACGACAUUCAGCAUUGCUGGUGAUACGCUGUUUAACAAGCUACGAAUAAUCGUUACCGAACCCAUUAAACCAGAUGAACAGAAACCCAUCAAAAUGGCAAAAUUAUUGUAUAAAUCAUGCAUGGACAAAGAAAAAAUUGAAAUGGAUGGGUUGAGACCGUUUAAGAAAAUGUUAAAAAGCCUUGGUGGAUGGCCGGUGGUGGAAGGUGAGAAAUGGAGUUAUGAUGAGUUAACGUGGAAGGACAUAGUGUACAAGAUUCGAGAAGCUGGUUACAGCGUUGACUACUUAAUUCGAUUUUCCAUCGGCAUAGAUUCGAAAAACUCCGCUAUGAGAGCAAUUGAACUAGACGAAGCGUCCUUGGCACUUAAGGGCACCGACGAAAAGAUCGUGGCGAGGUACUACAGGUACAUGGUGGACAUCGCGGUGCUGCUCGGAGCUGACCAGUACAGAGCUGUCAAGGAGCUGAAACAAUCUUUGGACUUCGAAAUACGAUUGGCCAAGAUAUCGAUGUCAGCGGAAGAGCGCCGGGACACAUCCAAUUUGUACAACCCAAUGAAACUCGCCGAUCUACAACGAAACUUCCCGACCAUACCGUGGGAAGAGUAUCUGAACAAACUGUUGUUCCCGCUAACCAUACAGAGGGACGACAUUAUAAUUGUAAACGCUCCGAAAUUCUUGUCAGAACUGGAAGUCCUCCUCUGCAGUACGCCUAAAAGAGUCCUAGCAAAUUACAUGAUUUGGAGAUUGGUCACGCAGUGCGUAAAUUUUUUAACUGAUCAAUUGAGAAAAAGAGAGUUGGAGUUUCUCACUGAGCAAAGCGGCAAGACUGAACGAGAGCCGAGAUGGAAAGAAUGCGUGGGUAUCAGUUCUGAUAGAUUUUCAUUGGCUAUUGGAUCGUUGUACGUUAAACAAUUUUUCGACGAAAGGGCCAAAAAGGAAGCCUUAGAAAUGGUGGACGGUAUCAGGAAGGAAAUGUUCAAAAUAUUAUCAUCAAACGAUUGGAUGGACGACGAAACAAGGAAACACGCGAUAGACAAAGCGAAUGCGAUGACCAGUCACAUUGGAUACCCCGACGAAUUAUUAGACGACUGCAAGUUGAAUGCGUUUUAUGAAAAUCUCGAAGUCAACGACAAAGACUACUUUGCAUCGAUAAUGAAUUUUACUAAAUUCAUCACUCACUACAGUUUUUCGUUACUAAGGCAACCUGUAAAUAAAUCGGAUUGGAUUAAUCACAGCAAAACAGCAAUUAUUAAUGCGUUUUACAGUUAUGAUGAAAACAGUAUCCAGUUACCCGCCGGUAUCUUACAAGGUGUCUUUUUCUCCAGCGAUCGUCCUCGGUACAUGAAUUACGGUGCCAUUGGAUUUGUGAUCGGUCACGAGAUCACCCACGGUUUUGAUGACCAAGGCAGAAAGUACGACAAGCAUGGUAACCUGGUCGACUGGUGGGCAAAUGAGACAAAGAAACGCUUCUUGGAGAAGGUGUUGUGCAUCAUCAAACAGUAUGGAAAUUACACUGCUGAUGAGGUCGGUCUCAAGUUGAACGGCAUCAAUACUCAGGGUGAGAACAUCGCGGACAAUGGUGGCUUGAAACAAGCGUACAACGCGUACAAAGUGUGGGCCCGACGACACGGCGACGAACCGCGGCUGCCCGGGCUCCAGGACUACACACCUCAGCAGAUGUUCUGGGUGAGUGCCGCCAACGUGUGGUGUUCCAAAUACCGCCCGGAAGCACUCAAGACCGACAUCGCCACUAAUUCUCACUCGCCCGACCGUUUCCGGGUCAUCGGUCCGUUCUCCAACCUGGAAGACUUCAGUAAAGACUUCCGAUGUCCGCUGGGUUCCAACAUGAACCCGGUCAACAAGUGCCAGGUGUGGUGA